GGAUGUCUGAUAAGGAGUAUGAUGAACAUUCAAGUGACAAUUUGCAAGACUUCAGUUUUGUUCAAUUUAUUCAUAGAGGGAGAAAGAAGAAAGUGGAAGCUAUUGACAUUGUGCCUAGCAAGUGGCUAGAUUAUAAUAAGAAGAACAACCGGAUGUUUACCAAGUUCCUCGAUAGCCCAUAUACUGAUGAAGAUAUUACAAUGCUGCACAAUUUGGUGAGAGAUAAUGUUGAUGCACCUGAGGAUUGGCCAACGUAUCCAGUCAAAGUGUUGGGACGAGCGACUACUUAUGCUCUUGCUAUGAUAAAAAUCAAGAGAUUGGAGACAGAAGAAAAUGUUUUUACGGCAGAUUCUGAUGAAAGCGCUUCUGGAAUACAGGAUAAAGUCUGCUGUUCACCAGAAUGCAGCAAACGAUAAAUCAAUCACAUCAGAGAUUUCAUGUGCUUCAGUUGCUAACAGUCAUUCAAAUCAGAAAAAUCCAAACGAUGAAACGGUGGAGGAUGAAGCCUCUGCAACUAAUUCACCUGCUGCUGCUGCAACAAACACGAUGGAACCAAGUGAGCCAGACAAUGGAUCUGCUGUGUCAUUGCCUCAUUCAGAUUUUGCCGUUGAAGAUGGAAAUAUCAUCCAUACAGAAGAUGGAACUGCUAUGGAAGAAUUACAAUUCCCUGUGGUUGAAGUGGAACAUUAUAAAACAAAAUCAGAGUAUUUAUUGGACAAAAAAGUUGUCCAAAACAAAAAUUCAGCAAUCGAUUUCUUCAAAAAAUAUAAUUUGUCACUACCGAUUGAGGAUAUGGAUAAAUUUCAUGCAUUCGAUGAUGAACUGAGGAAGAAUGCAUUCCUUAAAAUAGAUGUGUAUUUAGAAUUGACAUCGCUGGUUGAUCCUACAGGCUGUAUCCCAAAAAGCUUCAAUGCGAUACUAAAAAAAUUUAUAGCAAAUAGCAUUGCUCUGCAACUGACAGCAGUUAGGAAGGCUCAUGACCCAACUAAGGAGCAAAGUCAUACCAAAUUCAAGGAUACUGAGUUAUAUCAAUAUAUGUGUGUUGUAAUGACUGCAGCGAUGAAAAAAAGAAAUCUUGUUCCUUCGGAUAAACUGAUGAUCUCUGGACUGAGUUCCGUAUUGUGUAAUGCAAAAAGAUGGGACUAGGAUUAUUACAUUUUUGCUAUUGUUCAACUAUGUGAUUUCGGAAAGUACGCGUAUGCUAAUGAUCAAAAACCAAAU